AUGAAAUUGCAUCGAGAUGGUGUUCACAGUAAAGUUAAAAGAUUCGAAUGUGAUCUUUGUGGUAAAACAUUUACUCAGAAAAGCUCUCUACAAACACAUAACAAAAUACACACUGGAGAAAAGGAGUUUGAGUGUAGUGAAUGUGGAAAGAGAUUUAUUUUAAAAAGUGACAUGCAUAAGCAUUUCCGUAGCCACACAGGAGAAAAACCUUAUCAAUGCUUCAUUUGCCUCAAAUCUUACACGUCUAGUGGCAAUCUUCAAAAACAUAAGCGCAUACAUAGUGGUGAGAAGCCCUUUGAAUGUGGUGUUUGUGGUAAAAAAUUUGGACGUAGCAGCACAAUUCAGCGGCAUAUGUUAAUUCAUACAGGAGAAAAACCUCAUAUUUGUGAUUUUUGUGGUAAAGCUUAUAGCUCAAAAAAUUUAAAAAAUCACCACCGAACUCAUACUGGAGAGAGACCUUAUAAGUGUGAUGUCUGUAAUAAGGCUUUUGCUCAGAAAAACACACUAACACGGCAUAUGUACAUUCAUUCAGGAGAACGGCCAUACAAAUGUGAAGUAUGCGGCAAGUCAUUCAAACAGCAGGGCCAUUUAGCCUAUCAUGUCAAAAUGCAUACAGGAAACAAAUCCUUCAAGUGUCCAAACUGUGCAAAAACUUUUAUCACUAGGGUUGCUUUACGUAUGCAUGCUCUUGUUCAUUCAGAAGACCAACCAUUUAAAUGCACUACGUGUGAUAAAGGAUUUAAAAGAAAAAGCACAUUAAAAGAUCAUCUGUUGUCACAUUCAGGGGUCAAAGCCUUUAAAUGUGAUGUGUGUGACAAAUACUUCUCUAGAAAGUUAUAUUUUCUAGAACACAAGAAGACUCAUACCCACAAUAGACCAUAUAAAUGUAUGUAUUGUGAUAGGGCCUUUAGUUUGUUGAAAUAUCUACGCAAACAUACCAAACUUCAUGAAGAUCAGGACAAGUUCAAAUGUAACCAGUGUGAUCAGGCCUUUAAUUCAAAUGAAAGUCUGAAUUACCACAUGAGAAAACAUUCACAAUCUUGUGCCUUUAAAUGUGACCUAUGCAGUAAAACAUAUCGAGUAAAGAAGAAUGUGAUAAGACACAUGAAAACCCAUGAGGAGGCUGAGAUGGGGAGUAAUUAUUGA